AUGGAUUUAUUGUAUGCGAAAAUCGUUCAAGAGAUUGAAGCAUAUAUAACCGAUGAUAAUCUAAACAAUGAUUAUAUAAUAGCAAACUGCAUAUGUGAAAAUGAUGGAUGGAUACGACUUGAAUUAUUAAGUCGUUGUAAUAGAUUAUCAAGUUAUAAUUAUGAUACAAUACUUCAAGCUUUACAUUCUAAAUAUUCAAAUAUAAUUGAAUUGAGUUCAUUUACACCUCGAUGUAUACGUCGUCGAUGUCAACCAUUAACAGGAGAUAGUAUUCAAGAUAAUCGAACUGUUGUUGUUACCGGUUUACCAUAUGAUGUUAGACAUGAAGAAUUAAUAGAAUUUUUUAAUCAUUUUUAUCCGGUUAAAGAAAUAAAAAUGUUUUCAUUAUCAAAUAGAUUUAAUGGAACAAUUCAUAUUAUAUUUAAAGAAUCUCAAGAUGCUUUAAAAUUUGUUCAACAAUCAAAAUUAAUGCCUAUUCUUUAUGUUAAUAAUAAUUUAUCUCAAUUAUCUAAAGGUUAUACAAUUGUUUGUAAAAUGUUAAUUGAUGAUGAUAUUAAUAAUAAUUUUAUUAAACAAAAUCAUCAACAGAAUUUUUUGAAGGGAAAAUCAUUUUCUACCCGACUUGCUAAUCUACCGUCUCGUAUUUCGUUCAAUACAAACAUUUCAUCAGCUAAUGAUAAUACGGCUCAUCAUAAAUCACGAACAGUACCUACUCAAACAAAAACUUGUUUGAAAUCGAAUACAUGUGCAACAGAACAAAUCCUUUUUUGUCAAAAUAUAGCAAAGAAGAAACCAAUAAGAGAUGUCGAAUAUGAAAGACAAAAAAUUGUUUAUAAUAAAUUUUCAUAUGAAUUUUAUAUUCCUGAUCAUCUUCUUAAACAUACACUUGAAUGUGUAAUAAUAUCUGUAUUAAAUCCACAUUGUUUUACAAUUCAACUUAAAGAAGAUGCAAUAGAAUUUGAUAAAUUUCAAAAAGAAAUUAAUGAUUUUUAUAAUACAAUACAUGAUAAACAAUAUCAUAUAAAACCAGAACAAAUUCUUUUAAAUUCAUGUGUUAUAUGUUCUGAUCCGAAAUCAUCAGAUAAUGAUAAAAUUUGGUUUCGUUCACAAAUACUUGAUUUUGAUUCAUCUGAUAAUACAGUUAAUUUAUUUUAUGUUGAUUUUGGUACAUGGGAAGAAUAUGUACCAAUAAAUCGUCUUCGACAUAUAACUGAUGGUUUUCAUCGUCAUCAAGUUUUUUCUAUAACUUGUCGUUUAGCUCAUAUACUUCCAUUAAAUCAUAAUAAUGAUCAAUUAACAUGGACAGAAAAUGCAACAAAUCAAUUUUUAGCUGUUAUUGAUCAAGUUAUACCUGAAAUAGAAUUAUUAUCAUUUACUUCUAAUGGUUGUUUUCAAACAAAAUUAUUUGUUAUGAAUUCAGGUCAACAUGUUUGUGUUAAUGAUUAUAUGAUACAUAUAAAACAAGCUAAACCUAUUCUCAAUACAACAAAUAUUCAUGAUGAUAGAUACAAUUGUAUUCAAUUAGACGAACAUGAUAUAAAUGAUAAUGGUUCACCAAUUCAUCCGGUUGUUGCUUUAUAUAAUAGACUAGGAGAAAAUUUUCAACAAUCACUUGUUGAAUCACGUACUACAAGUAUAAGUAGUUCUGCUAUGUCAUCCCCAUCUAGUUCACCACGAUUAUAUGUUAAACUUAUACAUGUAAAUAUAGAAACAAACACUAUCAAUAGAGAAAAAUAUAACAAUUCUCAACAAUUAAUACCGAUUGUUUUUGUUCAUUAUCAAAAAACAAUUCUUAUACCUGAUUUCAAUAUAUAUACUUUACUUAAUAUGAUCGAUUCAACUAUUGAUAUUCAUACAAUAGAACGUUUUGCUUUGUCUAUUAGAUAUACCUGCGUACAUAUAACACAAGAGUUUCAUUUUGAUAUAUUUACACAAUUGAGUUCAUUAUUUGAUAUACGAUAUUUAAAUAAUAUAGGAUUGUAUACAAUUGAUUUUGUUGGUUAUAUACUUGAACAAUAUAAUUUUCCAAUAAUUAAUGUAUUUCGUGCAUUAGAAAAUGCUAAACAAGCUCAAUUACAUGCAUCGGAUCUUGCUCUAUGGUUUACAAUGAAUAAUGAACUUAACACUUCAUUCACACUCGUUUCCAAUGAUACGACUAAAAUGGAUCAAUUCAAUGGUCAUAGAUCUCCUAUUCGUUCUAUGUAUCAGCAAUCGUCAAUAUCAAUCCGUCUUCCUUUUUCAAAUCGAUUAAUUAAUCCGAUGUGA